AAGAACCCCCGUGAAACCCCAGAUGCGAGAUGCUCCACGCCCUGAGCAGCUGGAGGAGCAACUGUGCGUGUGCUGCGGAGGGCCGCCGAAUCAUGUCGAUGAGCCCAAAGCAUACGACUCCUUUCUCAGUGUCUGACAUCUUGAGUCCUUUGGAGGAAAGCUACAAGAAAGUGGGCAUGGAGGGCAGUAACUUGGGGGCUCCCUUGUCAGCCUACAGACAGUCUCAGGUUUCUCAGCCGGCCAUGCAGCAGCACCCCAUGGGCCACAACGGAACAGUGACUGCCGCCUACCAUAUGACAGCUGCAGGGGUCCCCCAGCUCUCCCAUGCUACGAUGGGGGGCUACUGCAAUGGGAACCUGGGCAACAUGAGCGAGCUCCCGCCUUAUCAGGACACCAUGCGGAACAGCGCUUCGGCGACAGGAUGGUACGGCACCAACCCGGACCCCCGCUUCUCCUCAAUCUCCCGCUUCAUGGCGCCGUCCUCGGGCAUGAACAUGGGCGGCAUGGGCAGCCUCGGCUCCCUGGGAGACGUGAGCAAGAGCAUGGCCCCGCUCCAGAGCACGCCGCGAAGGAAACGGAGGGUCCUUUUUUCCCAGGCCCAGGUUUACGAGCUGGAAAGACGUUUCAAGCAGCAAAAAUACCUCUCCGCCCCGGAGAGGGAACAUUUAGCCAGCAUGAUACAUCUCACCCCGACUCAGGUCAAAAUCUGGUUCCAGAACCACCGCUACAAGAUGAAACGCCAGGCCAAAGACAAGGCUGCGCAGCAGCAGAUGCAACAGGAGAACGGCUCUUGCCAGCAGCAGCAGUCUCCCAGAAGGGUGGCGGUGCCAGUGCUUGUAAAGGAUGGGAAACCCUGCCAAGCAGGCUCCAACACACCCACAGCAGCCAUCCAGAGCCAUCAGCAGCAGGCAGCUACAACGAUCACAGUGGCUACCAAUGGCAACAGCCUCGGACAGCAUCAGAGCCACCAGACAAACAGUGCGGGGCAGUCUCCAGACAUGGGACAGCACUCGGCCAGCCCUUCUCUGCAGAGCCAAGUCUCCAGCUUGUCUCACCUAAACUCUUCUACUUCUGACUAUGGCACUGCCAUGUCUUGCUCCACCUUGCUAUACGGUAGGACCUGGUGAAGGAUUAAACAAAGAAAAAGGAAAAAAAAAAAAAAAAAAAAGAAAAAAAAAAGCAGAUUUUCCCAGUCACACAAAUCUCUGUCCUUUCCAAACUACUGGGAGUUUUUAUUUUCUUUUUUUUCUUUCUUUUUU